CAGGAUCAGCUGUGUGCAGCAUCUUUUCUCUCUCAGCACAUUGUUUUUGUCACGCACGUUACGUUCUACGUCACCACGUUAACCCCAAAGCGGAAGUGAACACGUGGGGUUGAAGGGACUCACCACGCAUGUUGUGUGGCUGUGAACGUUUUUCAGGAUCAGAAGUUAACCUCCUCCUCCUCCAUCAUGGCCGUGAGAGCAUCGUUUGAGAAAAACAACGAGAUCGGCUGCUUCGCCAAACUGACCAACACAUACUGCCUGGUGGCGAUCGGCGGCUCAGAGAACUUCUACAGUGUGUUUGAAGGGGAAUUAUCAGAAACCAUCCCAGUGGUCCACGCCUCCAUAGCAGGCUGUCGCAUCAUCGGGAGGAUGUGUGUGGGUAACCGUCACGGCAUGCUGGUGCCCAGCAACACAACAGACCAGGAGCUGCAGCACAUCAGAAACUGCCUGCCAGACGCAGUGAGGAUCCAGAGAGUGGAGGAGAGGUUGUCUGCUCUGGGGAACGUCAUCGCCUGCAACGACUACGUGGCGCUGGUCCACCCCGACCUCGACAGGGAGACGGAGGAGAUCCUCGCAGACACUCUGAAGGUGGAGGUUUUCCGACAGACGGUAGCAGAACAGGUCCUGGUCGGCUCCUACUGCGCAUUCAGCAACCAGGGAGGCCUCGUCCACCCGAAGACCUCGAUAGAAGACCAGGACGAGCUGUCGUCUCUGCUUCAGGUUCCUCUAGUGGCCGGCACAGUGAACCGGGGCAGCGAGGUGAUCGCGGCCGGGAUGGUCGUCAACGACUGGUGUGCGUUCUGCGGCCUGGACACCACCAGCACCGAGCUGUCGGUCAUCGAGAGCGUCUUCAGACUGAGUGACACGGCGCAGCCCUCCGCCAUCGCCACCAGCAUGAGGGACUCGCUGAUCGACAGCAUGGCGUAAAACACCUCCACACCUUCCUGCGGGUCACCUGGUCUCUCACAUGAACCCAACAAGCUGCUGGACCUCGUUUCUCAACUUAAACACCUCCUUCCACACAGAACAGUUCACUGUCACACCUGCAGCCGUGUGGCCAACGUCAUUUUGUACCUUUCUAACAUUUGGUUUCACCUCUCCUCUGGUUACUGCAGUCAUUUUUACAAUCAGCUCUGUAAGGAGACGAUCCGGCAGGUUUAGCUGAGUAUCCACCACAUCACUGGUAGAGUUUGGGGAUCAGCUGAGAAAUGAAAUUUAGAAAUAAAGCUGUCUGAGAAUUAGAACAAGUUGAGGAAUGUGAUGUUUCAGCCUUUGUGGCACUAAUGUGAAUAUUUGUAUUCAAACAGGUAGAAAUAAUAACAUCGACCAUCUUCUCCCAGUUUGGAGACCAACAGUGAGCAGAGCUGCGCUAAAAGGAAUCAAAAAUCAAAUUUAUUUCUGUGCCUGUAUCGUUUAAAAAGUCUCCGUAGAUAAAACACGUGUCUAACUCUUUUUGUAGGAGUUUGAUGUCAUUUUCAGCCGUGGUGGGGAAACUGACAGCAGCACUUCUCUGAUGGUUUGCAGACUGUUGAGGCGACUCUGAUGCUUGAAGGAUGAAACCUGUUGCUUUUGAAACUGUAAGAGACAAACAGCCGACAUUAAUCUAAAGUAAAGUCGUCUCAUAUCGCAGCGUCCAGGAACUGACAAUGUACAAUAUGCAGUCUGAUGAGUACACAGUGUGAUUUCAGUGUCACUGCUCUGGUGUGUAACGUUUAUACUGAACAGAAUGAGAUUCAGAUGUAAAGCGAUUCAGACUGAGAAGUUUCUACUUCAGUCUCUCUGUAACAAAUGGAAGCUUGCUGGUGAACUACAAACAUGGAGGAUAUUUCUUAACAAGCGUUGCGUCUCAUCUGUCUUGUAAAAUAAAAUAAAUUACCCUCUUUUUUUA